AUGCCCGAGUACGUCUAUGCGCUACAUGAUUUCCAACCAGAGCAUGAGGACGAGGUUCCAUUUCGAGCUGGGGAAAGAAUUGAGGUUGUAGAGAAGGAUGAUCAGUAUGGUGAUGGAUGGUGGCAGGGCCGGAAUCUAGCAGGGAAAGUUGGUCUCUUCCCGGAGGCUUAUACAACACCUGCGCCCCCGACGACGGGGUCUGUCCUUAUCCCUUCCUCGACAUCCGACGAUGAUGCUGAGGGAGAGGCCGACACCGAGCCCCCACCGACUGCGACCGCCUCGCAGCACGCACUUCACACACUUACUGAAGAGUCCGAAACGGAUUCGGUAACCAGCGGUGAUGCUGGUCGAGCUCACGUCCCGCUGAGCGCCGUGAUGGGCUCCUCCGGCUCCGCCGACAGCGGGGUGAUGAACGCGACAAUGACUGAUGUGCAAGAGGCGAUCGAGCAACUCGGACGAAGGCGGAAAGAAGGAGAGUUUGGUGAUGGCGAAAGAAGUUUCAGCUUUGCGAGCACUGGCGACGGGGAUAACAAUAGCCUUCGGUACGACGGUGAGACAGACGAGUCCGAUGGAGGGGAAGGAUGGCAUAAGGGCGCAAGGCAGAAGCUAGCUGAAAAGGCGAGGAAGGCAGUUGAAGAGGCAGAAAAGUUAGAGUCUAUUGGCGGGUCAAUUGGAAAGGGUAAAGGGCGAAUUAUCGCACCACCGAUUGACGUGGAGAUGAGCGACGAAAGCGAGGAUGAAGGUGGCGACCACACCAUGUCCUUCAUUCGUGGCCACGCCAUACCAGAAGAAUCUGAAGAAGAGAAUGGUCCUGCAGACGAGUUUGGCGUAAGGACAACGAAGAGGAGAAGCAUUAAGUCAGAAGGAGACACACAUUCAUCUACUCUAGCAGGCGGGGACAGCCAGACUGGGCUAUCAACAACAACGGGUUCCACUGCCAAGGCUUCGGAUUCUAAUAGUCUCGACCUCCCGACCAAGGGCGGCGAUGAGGAUCUCCCAACUGUGACCCAAGCAUCUUUUCCAACUCCUGUGGUCACGACGGAACCUCCCGCUGACGACAUACAUCCGCCUGCGGAACUGCGCGACACAGAACCGAUCGUUAGCACGGCAGCCACGUUAUCUUUGCCCUCGCCCAUCUCACCUACAUACCAGAUUGCACGUUCACAGUCCACACCUCCACCUCGUGCCAUUUCUCCGUCCCAGCAGCAGUCGAAUACAUUCAUUGCUCCCUCACACUCCGAAGGCCCAGCAAGCCCAGUGACGAACAACAUGAGGUCUGUAUUUGCAGAGAGGAGAACUAGCUCGCCCGGAAUACCUUAUCGCGAGUCGAUGAUUGCGCUGCCGUCGCCCACGUUAUCGUCAGUCGGCGGAUUCGCUGGGUUUGGGCACUCAAAACAUAGUAGCAUUGCAUCUUCUGCGCCUGGAGGUCUCACUUUGGCUUCGCCAGCACCGAUCAACCCCGCCGCUUCGACGAAUGGGAACGGUGUCGAAAAGAGGGAGCCAGAGAAAGAAAAGACCCAUCCUAGUGAUUGGAGCGUGGAAGAAGUUGUAGAAUGGUUGAGAAGUAAAGGAUUCGACCAAGAUGUCUGCGACAAGUUCACUGAACAAGAAAUCACUGGCGACGUCUUGCUUGAACUCGAUGUCAAUUUGCUGAAGAGCGAGAUUGGGAUCAUGGCCUUUGGCAAGCGCAUGCGUAUUGCAAAUGCUAUCACCGAUCUUCGCCGUCCCCCUUCGAUCGUGUAUUCUGACCAUCCCUCCUCUCUACGACAGGACUCUUUACCAGCAUCGCCUAUGCAUGCUCAGUCUCCCCCCAUGUCGCCGCCCAUGACCCACUCACCUCAGAUGCAUUCACCAUUGAGCAUGCAGAACCUCAGCCAAGUCCAGCAAGCACAUAUGCAACAUUACCCCACUCCCCAAUACUCGGUCGCCAGCAACAGCGUCCACUCGAGGAAUGUCAGCCAAAGCCACUCGUUUGGCGGAUAUACGUAUAACAGCUCGGCACAUCAAUCACUUAAUAGCCCCGUCGGAUAUGGGCCAGUUGUCAAUGGUGGUAUCUCAAACAGCCAAGCGUCUGCUACGGAGACGACCGCCGCCGCAGACGGAUCAAGUCAAGGUGGUGGCGGCGGCAGCAGUGCCGGACACUCUGGAGAGGGUGUCACUAACGGUGUCACCAACGGACUAGGUCUGAACGAGCUAGACAGCACGGGUGUAGCAAAGAAAGCACGACCUGCGCAACUCAACCUAUCACCGAGCGAGAGCACACUCAACAACGUCCAUAAGGAUGAGUCGUCCCCGGCGGAGGAAGAAAAGGCAUUCAGCGAGAGCGAAGCUGCACCGGCAAGCAGCGUGCGCCGACGCUUUUUCGGCGGCUCGGCCCGCAACUCUUCGUCGUCUCACAAAGAGAGGGAUGGCAAACCUGACCGCACAUCAAAGGAUAGCUCAUCGUCUCCUCUGCUGCCUGGCACUUCCCCUACAUUGAAGGACUCGGCGUCAGACAAGGAGCGAGAUGCACCUGCAACUGUUGGCAGCAGGCACAGAAGGAACAAGAACAGCGUUGACACGAAGCCUGCGGAGAGGUUGAGCAUAUUUGGUGGUUCCUUCGCAAACACGUUGGGAAAGAGCAGGAAACCGCCACCGAGUACCACACAGGAAGAACCAGUCGAGAAGACAUCAUCAUCGCUUAGCUUUUCCAGGCUAUACGGUGGUAAGCGACCGGCGACUAGCCAAGGGAUGGGUACCUCACCAAAGACAAGUCCACGACUUCAUGAUAGUCUCUCCUCGCGAGACCUGAAGGAGAAAGAUAGCAGUGUCCAUCCGUCCCUUCUUCGUAAGCGGACUGUGUCGGCAAGCUCGCCCAAGUUUGAUACCGGGGCAUCAGCCUCCACGCUUGUCCCGACCGGCAGAAGCGGCGGGUCUCUCAAGCAAGGGCAAAGUAUCUUGGAACAGAUAGGCGAUCCGGACCACAACGGCUGGAUGAGAAAGAAAUCCGAUCGUUACAAGACUUGGAAGACUAGAUACUUCGUGUUGAAAGGGCCGCACCUAUACUGCUUACGAAGUAAUAGCCGGGCAGAAACCAAAAUCAAGGGAUAUAUCAACAUUGUCGGAUACAAGGUCACUGUUGAUGAGAACGUUGAUCCUGGCCGUUACGGUUUCCGGAUUGACCAUGAAAACGACAAGACACAUUAUUUCAGUUCUGAGGAGAAGACCGUUAUCCGCGGUUGGAUGAAGGCCAUGAUGAAAGCUACGAUAGCUAGAGAUUAUACCAAACCUGUGGUAUCAUCGUGUAACAUUCCAACCAUUCCCCUCACAGUCGCCCAAGCUAUGAACCCCGCCCCUAGACCGCCCUCGCCGACUGCCCGUGAUGCUACUCAGAAGGCACUGCGCCGUGAAAAUCCCCACCAGCUAUCCAGUAGGGAUGCUGAGGUAUUGAUGGGGUUGGCUGCCCCAAAAGAAGAGCGCGCAAGACUUAACUCUUUCUUUUCCGAGGACAAUAAUGAUGUAAACGGGUCAGGCCUCGAUACACCCACCGCACCGAAGUCCCCCGUACCGCCAAGACCGGCUCGAGAAGCAAGGCGUCUGAGUACGCAAACAUCACAGACGUCUACCGUCCCUGCUGUGGACGAUAAGCUGAUUGAUUGGGCAAAUGGACACUUGCCAUCGUCUCUGCAGAUAGUCGACCCUUUGGGUCCGCUAUGCAAUGGCUUAGCCCUCCUUCGUCUGGCGGAAUCUAUCAAAGGCAGCCCUUCGUCACCUCCCGUCCCAGACUCAGCAUUCCCUCGUGACUCAAACGACGAUAAACUUGACGGUCUAUUCAAGCUGUUUGACUUCUUGCUCGACAACGAUGUUAAGAUAGGCAGCGUGAGUAUCAACGACAUUCGACAGGGCAAACGAGACAAGAUCGUACAACUUCUACGCGCGUUGAAGGCUUGGGAGGACAAACGCAUAGCUAUUGCGCAAAGCAUUGGCAAGAGUUCCGUCCAAGCUGGUGGGUUCAUGGCACCCGUUGGUCUGACUUGGUCAGGGUUAUGA